AUGAAGCUCGCCGUCUCUCAAACGAUCCUACUCCUUCUCGCUCCCUUGGCUCUAGCUCUCCCGACAGGAGGAGCAUCCUCCACCAUCACCCCAAAGGGCUAUACGGCGCCGGGUAGCAACUGCAGAGAGUUCCGCGGCCAGAUGAUCUGCGCUCGCGAUGAUGCUGCUCCCGCAAAUGUCGGCAAGCGUGGCUACACGGCGCCCGGCAGCAAUUGCCGGGAAUUUCGGGGCCAGAUGAUCUGCGCUCGCGAUGGGGCUGCUCCUGCAGAGGCUGACAAGCGUGGCUACACGGCCCCUGGUAGCAAUUGCAAGGAGUUCCGCGGACAGAUGAUCUGUUCUUAA